GGCAGGUCACCGGGAGGGGCGGGGAGGGGCGGGGCGGGGCGGGGCGGGGCCGAACGGCCUAUGCCUGGGCCCUGCCUCCUCCCCUGCCAGACCGUGGCCAUCUGCCCCAGCGAUGUUCAGCCAGCAGCACCAGUUCCAGCAGCAACUGCUGCAGAUCCAACAGCUCAUCCAGCAGCAGCAGCAGCAGCAGCAGCAUCCGCCGCCGCCUUCCGCAGGCCGGGGGCUGUCACCACAGCAGCAGCAGCAGAUCUUGAACCUCCGAGCCACAGGUCAGGCCAACCUUCUCAACUCGAACCCCAUGCUGCAGAGGGCCCUGCUGAUGCAACACAUGCAAGCAGGCAGAUUCAACUUGACCGCUCCUGGCCUUCAGCAUUUCUUCCCCCAGGCUACUCGACACUCCCUCCUAGGCCCUCCACCCGUCAGUGUCUCACUCAAACCCGCCCGCAUAGGCUUCCCAGGGCUUCCUUUCCAGAGGCAGAACCGGGGCUAUCGAAAGGAAUCCCUGAAGGGUCCUGACCAGAAGAAAGAUUCGGAGCUGGGCUCCUCAUCACAGACACCCAGUGAGGAUGAGAAGAUAGAUGUUCCAGAGUCCUCCCAGGAGGAGGCUGACUCUCAGACGACCUUGCCAGAAGAUCCACAGACUCCCCAUGAUCUCAGUGAUGAUGGUAGCUCAGAGCCUCUGGCCAAGAGACUCAAGAGUGUGGAAGAUCCCAAAGACUCCAAGGAGGAGACUGGCCUGACCACAGAAAAAGAAGAACAAGCUGCAGAAGCAGACCCACCAGAAACCAGCAAGGAUUGGAAAGUCCCCGAGGAGCCCAAAAACCUUGAAGUGAUGGUGAGCUCAGGAAGCUCCCUGAAGGUGACGAUCCAGCAGAGCAGCGAGAGUCGAGCCAUCAGCACAACCGCCUCAAAGCCUGGACCCCGGCUGGGCGACAGCGGCACUCCCGCCUCCAACCCAGAGCCUGGACUCAAGUUCUUCUGUUACAUCUGCAAGGUCAACUGCUUCAACCAGCAGAACUUCCAGGCCCACAUGGGUGGGCUCCAGCAUCAGCAGCGGCUUGGGGAGAUUCAGCACAUGAGUAACGCCUGCCUCCUGUCUUUGCUGCCUACGACUCGGGAACAGGGUGCCCUUGCGGAGAGAGAUGGGGAGACCCAUUCCCAGCGGUGGUGUAAUACCUGCCAGACCCAUUUCCUGGGGGAUCUGAUAAAGCAUCGCAGGACUCAGGAGCAUAAGCUGGCCAAACACUCCCUCCGACCUUUUUGUACUGCUUGCAGUCGACAUUUUAAGACUCCCCGAAAGUUUGUGGAACAUAUGAAAUCCCCAGAGCACAAGCAAAAAGCCAAGGAGGCACGGCUUGGGGAGAAAGAGCCAGGAAGCCCUGAGGAGGCAGAAGAACUCAUCACAGUGGAUGCAGUAGGUUGUUUUGAGGAGGAUGAGGAGGAAGAGGAUGAGGAAGAAGAUGCAGAAGAGGAUGAGGGCAGUGAAGUGGUUGGAGAGAGCGAGGAGACCAAGCAGGUGGGACCAAAGGAAGAGUCUGCAGAUGACUGGAAAGGUCUGGAGGAGUAUUCUCCUGACAAGACAUAUGGCCUGGAUUUUCUGGUACCUGUGGUGGGGUAUCUUUGCCGGCUGUGCCAUAAAUUCUACCAUAGCAGCUCAGGAGCCCGGCUUGCCCACUGCAAGUCCUUGAUGCAUUUUGAGAACGUUCAGAGAUACAGAGCAGCCAGGAACCCUGGGUCAGUCCCAGAGUCCAAGUUAAAGCCUGAGCUUCUCAACACCCUGACAGGGGAAGGGACAGGAGUCCCAGGUUCAGAGCAACAGGAGGAGCCAGCCCAGCUUCUAGGAGCCGAGUGGAGAGUUCACCGGACGGGAAGCCAGGGACCAACUUCUAUCACAGUUUCUGAGUUAAAAGGAUCCACAGAGGCCAGCCAGCCAUGAGCAGGAAUCCCUGAUCCAACGCUCCAGACCUGGGGCCAUCUAGCCAAUGACUGGCAAUAGAGAUGGGGAAGCACUAAAAAGCAUCUGGACAGCUCUUCUCCUUAAGAAGUCUUUUCUCCAAUGGAGUCUGUAUUUUUGUCCCUUCACAAUUACCUAUUACUCCUAGUUCUUACCUCUGGGAACUAAGGAAAAUGUAACUAACCAUCUUGAGUAGUUGAAGAUAUGAUUCCCAUAAGUUUUAUCUCGGCUAAACAUCCUACAGUUCUUUCAACUCAUCUAAGUCACAUGGAACUCACUUUACUCGUCUAUAAAAUGGUGGAGUUGGACAUCAUGAUAAUUUAAAGUGGAUUCCAGCUCAAAAGGCUUCCUAAGAUCCAUGGAUCUAAGGGCUAGGAUCAGAACUAGAGCCUUUUAAGGAAUAAACAUGGUCAUGAGAUCUGGGAUAUGACAGGCAAAGUAGACAAGACACAGUAAAAGACAUCUGUUUAAUGACAAUGAAUCCCUGUUUCCCAAACUGACCCCGGGUCUGAGGUGCUUAAUUUUAUUGGGGUUGGAGGGACUGGAUUCUGUCAAUCUCCUACCCUUAGGUUGGGUUGGCAGUUAGGUUGGCAGUUACUACAGUCCUUGGUGAUCCUCUGGGAGUAAAUGCGAACAGCUGGGCCUGGGGAUUAGGAGCUAUAAAUGAGGGAAACAACAGACUAGGACCCAAGCUUAACAGGGUCUCUGCAGCCUUUCAGAUGGUGUUCACAGCCUGUGGCUGGGAGAGCAUCCU